CCUCGGCCGGCGCGGGGAGCGCCGCGCACCCGGGCUGGAAGGAAUCUUCCGGGAGGUGUCAGGGAACAGUUUCAGCAGAAUAUUCAUCAGUUUUCCAGGUGGCAGUUUAUAUAAAGGAAGCACUGGGACUUGUGGCCACACCUUUCAAGAAUUAAAAAAAUUAGAAAAUGGAACCAUCAUGUAUGUUAUGUGAGGAAGAACAAGAGCCGGAGCCACAGAAGAGCAUAGAAGGAAGCAAACAAGUAGAGGAAGAUGCUGAGCUGAUCUUUGUUGGGGUGGAACAUGUAAAUGAAGACGCCGAGCUGAUCUUUGUUGGGGUGACUUCACAUUCAAAACCAGUCGUUUCAAACAUUUUGAACAGAGUCACCCCGGGUUCAUGUUCAAGGAGAAAAAAGUAUGGUCACCUCAGAAAAGAUACUGAUCACAAAUUGCCUGUACAUCAUGCGACCUCUCCAUCAGAAGCAGUGACUGUCUUGCCAGUUCCUGAGUCUGAAUCAAGAUUAACAGAUAGUCCUAUUAUUAUUAUUGAGCCUUUGUCUAAGCCUGAUUAUAAAAGUAAUUCACCACAAGUUGUGCCUAAUAGCUCUUCAGAGUUAUGCUCUCCUUUGAUUACAUUCACAAGUUCAUUGCGGCAUCCAGUGGGAACAGCGCUUUCUAUAGGAGGUCUGAAUAAAAGUCCUUGUGCAUCAAAGCGACUUUGCACUUCUGAAAUAAACAGCAUAAAUCCCAAAAAUCCUAAACUCAGUGAUGAAAUCACAGGGGGACAUUCUUCAGUUUUGUCUUCUUCGGGGAUCUUUCAUACAGUGACUCCUCAGCAAAGCACACCCUCAAAUGGUGUUCAUACCUCAUUAAGCCCUAUUCAGAAUGGAGCACCCUUUCCAAUAGCGUUUCCAAAGGACAGUGUCCAGUUCAAGACUAUAAAUCCUGCUGGGGAAAAUAGACUGACAAAAACAGAUUUUUCGAGCCUGGUAAAUCAAAACAAGACUGUCGAUACCAAGAAAGGAAACCUGAUCAUGUUACUUCAUGACUUUUACUACGGACAGCAUCAAGGAGAUGGGCAGCCAGAACAGAAGACUCACACAGCCUUUAAAUGCUUCAGCUGCUUGAAAGUUCUAAAAAAUGUCAAGUUUAUGAAUCACGUGACGCACCACUUGGAACUUGAGAAGCAGAGGGAUGACAACUGGAAAAACCACACCACCUGCCAGCACUGCCACCGGCAGUUUCUCACUCCCUUCCAGAUGCAGCAUCACAUUGAAAGUGUGCACACUGCCCAGGAGCCCUCUGCUGUCUGUAAAAUUUGUGAAUUGUCAUUUGAAACGGAUCAGGUUCUCUUACAGCAUAUGAAGGACAACCAUAAGCCUGGAGAAAUGCCCUAUGUGUGCCAGGUUUGCAAUUACAGAUCAUCGGCCUUUGCUGACGUGGAAACACAUUUCAGAACAUGCCAUGAAAACACUAAGAAUUUGCUUUGUCCGUUUUGUCUCAAAAUUUUCAAAGCGGCAACACCCUACAUGUAUCAUUACAGAGGACACUGGGAAAAGAGUAUUCACCAGUGUUCCAAAUGCCGACUGCAGUUUCUAACUUUCAAGGAGAAAAUGGAGCACAAGACCCGGUGCCAUCAAAUGUUUAAGAAGCCUGAGCAACUAGAAGGAUUGCCUCCUGAAACCAAAGUUGUUAUUCAAGUAUCACUGGGACCUCUUCAAGCAGGGUCAGUGGAAGUAGCAUCCAUUACUGUAAGCACAUCUGAUUCUGAACCAUCACCCCCCCAGGCCUAAAAGUAGAAUAAAAAAAACCAAAAAAGCGUUCAUCCCAUUUUCAGGAAAUUUAAAGCAAGUAUUUUAAUCAAAGUGAAAAACCUCAUAAAUAAAAAAAUACAAACCAUACAUUAAUAGGUUUGAAAAUAGUGAAACCAAUGGACUAUUUAUGAGGUUUUUAAAAAAAUUCAUGAAAUACAGUAUUGUUUGAUAUGAAUUUUGAGAUGUUAUUUAAAAAUGUGUUACCUGGUUUUUAUGUGACUGUAUCUGGCUUAACACAUAAAAGGUGCUUGUGUGUGUAUAUGUAUGUGAAAGAAAAAAAAGGUCAGAAACCUAUUUAUUAUUUUUCUAUUUCAUGUUACUUGUGAGUGUGAAAGCUCUUUUUUCUGUAUAUAGAAUCUGUAGAGUUUUUAAAGUAAUUUUAUUUUUUACUUUUUCCAUGCCUUGAAGAUUAUUAUAUUAACUCUAGUCAAACUGGAACGGCUUUGUUAUGGCAAGGUCCUAUUUACUGCUGAACUCCCAAAAGUGCCUCUGUCGUGCGGCCUAAAAUAACCUGGCUCUGAAAGCCUGGGUCGGGAGAAGUUGAGGGAGAAGCUGUGGCAUGAAUGGGACCAGAAAGUGGGAGAUUAGUCAAUGGAGAGCAGUGGCUCUUUUUCCCAGUCUAUAGAGAGGCACACAUUUACUUGUCUUGAAGCAGACAGGCAGAAGGAAUACCGUGUCAGUGUCUUUACCCAGCCCAAGUACAUCCAAGAAAGCAGAACCAUUACAAUAAAAUGCCUAUGUUUGGUGAGGGGUUCCUGCAGCCAUCAGCCAACCACUGUAUCAUUGGCUUCAGCUGGAGAAGCAGAGGUAGUUAAUAGAACGGGGCCUGGUGCCAGUGAACCUCUUGUUGAGUGUUCCACAGGGAAUUCCAUUUGUUCCUUCCCCUCUCCUUUCUGGCUGGCCUUUGGUCAGAAUGAGCUAUGUCCCCCACAGCCACAGCAGUGAACAGGUAGAAGUUUCCCAAGGCAAAGAAGCCCUCACAUCCAUAGUUUGAACUGUACUGGACUCAUAGUUUUAACUGAAAAGGGCCAAACUGUAUCUGCCCAGUUUGUGGACUGAGCUCAGAUUUGAAUGGCGGUUGUCCAGGAACAGUAGGUAAAUGGAUAAAAAUAGCCCAGGGUGACUUGCUAAAAUUAAGCUUUUUACAGGGCUUUUCCUUAUAUUUUUCUGUGUUCAUGUAUCUUAUCCUAAUUGAACAUGUGAAGUUCGUAAUUUUUUAUCUUUUCUUGUUGGACAUGAAUGUAUUACAGUUAACAGUUACUAUUCUCUUGGGUGUAUAAUUUCCCAUUUUAUGAUAUUAAUACUUUUUGCGUCUUACUUGACACAUUCCAAUGUGCAAGAAAUGUCCCUUUUAUUUCAAUAAAUAUUAGGUAGUAGAGUUACUGCUCUUCAUCUGAUCUAUCCACCUAUCUAAUAUAUGAAUAUACUUUGAGGAGAGCUUCUUCCUUUCCCAUUUCCAAGGGUUCUUUCAUAGAACUGUGGAGUGCCCGCUCAGUACUGAUUUCUGAACAUCGGCGGCCUUGGCUGCUUCUGUGGGUUCCCAGGGUUGAGUCUCCCCUCAGUAUGUUCAAGUGCCAUCCUUUCUUCUAUCCCUGACCCAGGUACCUAGCAGCCUCUGUGCACCACUCAAGGAAUCCGGGAUCCUGGCUAUGGAUCUAAGCCAGGGGAAACCUUUUUCCCCUGCUUCCUCCUCUUCAAAGGCACCUUAUCUCUCCCCACUCCUUUCUUUCUUCCUUAAUCUAUUUAAAUUCUUUACACUUUCACAAAAAGCUGGGAAGUUAUAAUCAUCAAGGAUUUAGCAUCCCCCUUAGAGUUGAGGAGGAAGGACUAGACAACAAAGUAGCUGUGAGUGUAUUGUCUAGGUUUUAGAUAAUAUCCUCUGUGUGGAUUCUGUUGUAUUUGCUCAAUGCUUGACUAAUUCAUUGAUGGAUUUGCACUUUGAACAUUUUACUAGGCCCUUUCAGUUAGUUAGCUUGGGCCAAGGCACUUUGCUUAAAAUUUUAGCCUGAACCCCUUUCUUUAGGGGUAGAAAAAUUGUGUGUGUGUGUGUGUGUGUGUGUGUAUGUGUUCCACUUGUUCUGGUGUUAGGCGGAAACUUCUGUGCAUAACUAGAUUUUCAGACUUUGCUACUUAUUUCCCUUAUUCUGUUUCGAUGGUAAAAAUAUGAAAUUUGUUUGUUCUAUGUGUUUGUGGUUGCUUAGUUUUAUCAACUGUUACUGUUGUUUGCUAUUUCACUAAAAUAUACCCCCAAGGAAUACAAAUUGUUAUUUAUUGCCAAGGUUUCAGUGAUAUGACCCCUGCCUACCUCCUCUCUUUUUCAUUCUGUACCAUGCUACUCUACCAUUUUCCCCAAUGAUGCACUGUUUUUGACACACUGGCCUUGGUUUUCCUCAAGCAAAUCACAUUUCUUCCCAGUCCAAAGACUUUGCAACUGCUAUUCUUUGUCUUCGAAUGUUCUUUCCUUAGACCUGCAUGGCUUGCUACCUCAGUUAAUUAAUCGUUGGACAUUUCCUUUGAUUCAUUAACCUUCAUCAAUGUUCUUAAAAUGACAGUGCCAAUGAAAUUUGACUCCCACCCCUUUUCUUCUCCUAAAGACACUUUAUGUCUCCUCUCUCCUUUUCCCCCUCUCUAAUCUAGUUAAAUAUCCUAGGUUUUCAUGAAAAGCUGGGAAGGGAUAAUUAUUAAGGGCUUUGCUUCUCUCUUAGAAUUGAGCUAGCUCAAGUCCACUUUUGUGCCUGCAACCAAAAGAAAAUUAAUAGAGCGAGCUGAGUUCCUUCAGGAGCUUUCUCUGUUUUUCUAUUGAUAUCUCUCUAUUUUUUAAAGCAAUGUCACUUUGUUUUGUUUACAAAUAUACUGAAUAGCUGUCAAGAUUACUAUUUUGUUAUUACCCUCUGUGAAUUUCCGUGUCUAUUUGGCUUGCUCGUUCUUUCAGAUAAAUUUUAUUUUAUUAUUGUUGCCAAAAAUUGUAAGUAAAAUAGUAAUUAUAGUAAUAAA